AUGCGCCACGAUCGGCGACGGCUUCGGCAGCGUGCAGAGCACGAUCGGUGUUUGACAGACAGCAGCAGCGACACGGACACGUUGCUGGGGGCUGAAGCGGAGGAGAAACAGGGCAGCGCCCAGGAGUCAGCUGUUGAUAUUACGCUAGAGCAUCACUCGUGGGAGUGCCCACUGUGCACAUUCGUCAAUGAGGACGUCAGUGCGUAUCGGUGCAAUGUGUGUGAGAGCAAGCGACCUGGAUCGCGGAGCAAGACGCGGAAGAUGUCGCAGUGGCUCUCCCAGCCAGUAGACAGAACGGAGAAGAAGCAGAGACACAAAAGAAACACUUCGAUGGGCACUCGGGGGGAUACUGUGGAGGCCAUUGACAGCAGCGGGAGUGGAGAAAGCGAUGAUGCUGCAGUCAGUACCACGUCCACUAAUCAUGAAGCCACGAGCUCGCGACGGAGCAAUGACCGCAACACUUGCGAGUUGAAGACAGUGAGGUCAAGCCGAGAGCUGUGGGAAAACGUGCACGCUCCAAAAACAGUGGAUGACUUGUGCAUCAACAAGAAGAAGGUGCAGGAAAUAUCGGAUUGGUUGCACCACAAUGCGUCGUCACGCUCGGACGCUCGUCAGAAGCGGUUGCUAUUCUUGUGUGGACCACCAGGGUCGGGAAAGUCAACAGCAGUGCGAUGCAUUGCGUUGCAGCUGGGACUGCUUGUGAAAGAGUGGAGCGACAGCUCAUCUGCAGGAAAGCUUCGCUACACGCGGAUGUUACGAGAUGAAUUUUAUAUGCCGCAGGUGUCAGGAGUUGACGAUUUUUCCGACUUUGUUCACCGAUCAGUGACCUAUGCUGCACUCCCUCUUGCUACGUCUAGACAUAUGUCUUGUGUUGGUCGAAAGCGUCGCCUGCCAAGCAACGAAGGAGUAACAUGCAAUUUGGGAAGGGUAUCGGUGAGUACUGGUCAGUUGAUUCUGAUCGAGAGCUGGCCUCAGUCGUGGUCGAGCGAUCCGUCGCUUUACGAAGAGAAGCUCAGACAAAUAUACCAGUCCGUGGUAAACCCGGCUGGUGGAUGCCAGUAUCCCGUCGUAUGCAUAUACAGCGACGUUCAAGGAAGCAAGAUUGAUUUGGAGCAUCUGAGCCGAAAGUUUUCUCGUGAAGUGAUGCAUUCGCCAUUGACAUCAGUCAUCAACAUCAACGCAGUGACAUCUACGCAGAUGAGAAAGCGACUGAAGCAUGUUGCUACACAAGAGAAUUGUGCUGUUCAGAUGGACGAUGUCCGAAAGAUCAUAGAUUCUAGCGGCGGUGAUAUGCGGCACGCGCUAAAUAUGCUGCAGCUUCUGAAAUGCCCUAGUGUAAACAAGCCGGAAUCGGCUUCAGCGCCUGCGAGAAAGAAAGAAAAGAGGGAAGCCGUGUCAAUCAGCAUGAAGGCUUUGACACCGAUAACCUCCAGCACACGCGAUUCGUUUUUCUCGGAUUUCCACGUUGUUGGAAAGCUGUUGCAUGGUAAAACUUCACAAAGCAAACGUGGUAACGAGUGCGAGCUGAAGUGCAAAGCAGAAGAUGUUGAUGACGACCAGCUCUUAGCCGCAUCUACAAUGCCACUAGAAAAAGUGCUUGGGCUCGUCCACGAGAACAGUAUUGCUUAUUUUUCGCAAGUGGAAGAUCUAUCUGGUGCGCUGGAACUAAUGAGCUUUUGCGAAAUGAUGGUUGCCAAAUCAUGCGACGGUGUGAGCAGUUCGGAGGCUUUCAAGCGGUCGAGGGACAUUGCGCAAGCUAUCAUUUUGCGAUCCAUAGCUGUCACGAACGAGAAUCCUACCCCAAAGAUGUUUCGUCCGAUUACACGGCCUCGAACAUACAUCGCAAAGCAACGCAUGGUGUCACGACGUGAAGAAGUGGAACUGGUCACUCGGGGAGAUGACCAUGAGUAUCAGUACGCGUGUAUGGGCGAUGUCUUCGCGUUCGAAGUGGAACCCUAUUUAAAAAUGAUGGACCAAGCUGGUGGGGCCAUCGUUCGGCCGAUUGAUGGCGAAAGCACUCGCGCGAUGGAUUCGCUGUCACUCCAGGACGUGGUGGACGACGAGAUCGAAAACAGCGAUGAAGAGUGGUGA